UGAUGGAUUGUCGAGUUGAGAUACUUCCUGAUAUUCUUCUCCUUCCUCGUCCUCCUCUCCUUCUCUCUCUCCCACCCUGUGUUGCCUCUAGUUACGACUGCUGUUUUGCUGUUGCUAGGCAACCUGAAGCCACACCCCUCUCAUUAGAGAGAGCCGCAAGGUGUCGUAGAGAGUUAGCGUUGUCAAGUAAAUGUAUGUCAUCAUGUCGAGUCCCUGAAUGGACUUUAAGAUUAUUUGAAUUUGAUCAUUUAAGAGAUGAGGUCAUUGAAGCCCAGAGGGUAAACUCGUUAAGUCUCAAUGACAAAGGGGUUGACCCUUUACCGAACGAUAUAACAAGCCUGUCCUAUUGGUUGUCAAGACGGCUGCCGGUAGACGAGAAAACAAAAUUAGAAUUCCUUUCGAUAAAUUGUCCAACUAAACGAUUAAUGCUUGGACUGAGAUUACUAAAAGAGAAUACAGAGUUAUACUGCAGUGAAUGCGGUAUACUCAUAACACAGAAGCAGUACAUAUUCAGUAUGUCUGUUGAUGGGCCUUUAGCAUCAUACGUUAAUGAAGGAGGCUUUGUACACGAGACACUGACAGUCACCGAGUCUUAUAAUCUUAAGAAAUCUGGUCGACCCACUACAGAGAACUCAUGGUUUCCAGGUUAUCAAUGGACUAUAUUGUAUUGCAGUAGGUGCAGGGAUCACAAGGGAUGGAGUUUUGAUGCUGUCAAGAAAGAUCUCGUCCCGCUUAAAUUUUACGGCCUGCGGAGACCGGGUCUUGUGUUCUCAGUCAAAAAACCCUCAGAAAACGAGUCUUGAAGAAGAAUAAAAAGAUGUAAUCACUUUUCAUUUGUAACAUUGUCAUUGUUGUUAAUGUUUUUUAUUAGAAGAAGAA